GGAAGAAAGCUGAACACGGCAGAGUUUGGGUCCAUGGAGGUCACGUCGACGACGCCCGGUGGUUUUGUUCCUUCCACUUAUUCAUGCGUCCAGGCCCGAUCCAUACCUACCUCUACCUCUCCAUACCUCUAGUGUAGCGGGCGCCCGGUUCAUGGAAGUUGCCCUGUCUUUUUCCAAGAGUUUUAAUGUUUCGUCUCUCGAAUACACAAUUUCCCCCCUUCCACUACCUACCUCGGGCUGCUUUCCUUCAACCACUCCUUUCGUGAUAGCUUGCCCAGUGAUCUAUCCGAGAUUUGUACUCCAGUUUACAAGAGGUCGAUAGCCAUUCCAUUGCCGUGCCUGCCCUGCGGCCGCAUAUUACUGAGGUGCCCUGCAGUCAGACAUCAGGGAGAAAGACCCUAUAACAGUCCACUGUCCAGCGAGGUCCUCACGGCGGCAGCAACCUACUAUUAAUUACCUUACAUACUACAAUACCUCGCUACGUAUCUUUUAUACCCACGACCGACUCGACCGUUUGCGACGACACACCUAGGUCUGGACUACCUACCUACACUACCGAAUUUAACCGGACGACAAACUCUCGCCCCCUUCACCGAUUGUGCACCUGAUCCGGGUCUCGUGCGCUCGAAUCACGUCGAUUCCAUCAUAGCCAACAACGCUCUUUGUUGUGGUACAUAUUCUCCCUUCGACCCAACAACUCGCCCGGACAACCUCAGCGACCGAGCGGCAUCUCCGUCACAAGAUUCCCCCCAUGCAAACAUAGCAUAAUAGCCGCCACCUCGCCCCUCUGGCUGUCUGGGUGAAAGAUAGCCUCACACCACAGGCGCGAUGGGGCUCAUUGGCGGCAUCUCUCCGGGAGGGAGCAUUGCUCUCGGAAUUAUAGUCGGCUUGAUAUCCACGAGCGUGCAAAGUCUCGGCCUCACGCUGCAACGAAAGUCCCACAUACUCGAAGAUGAAAAGGGGCCCUACGAUGUUCGACGACCGCCAUACCGGAGAAGGAGGUGGCAGGUAGGAAUGGGCAUGUUCAUCAUCUCCAACGUCAUCGGGAGCUCGGUUCAGAUAUCGGUCCUCCCUUUACCCGUUCUCUCGACACUCCAAGCGUCCGGUUUGGUCUUCAACUCGAUAUGCGCCACUCUUAUUCUUGGAGAACCCUUCACGAGGUGGUCACUAUGGGGAACCUUGCUGGUCUGCAGCGGCGCAGUCUUGAUCGCCAUCUUCGGGGCUAUUCCCUCGCCGGCGCACAAGCUGAGCGAGCUGCUGGAGUUGUUGGGACGGGGUCCGUUCGUGGCAUGGAUGGUGUUUCAGGGAUUCCUGGUGCUGGGCAUUGCGAUCGCGACAGAUGUGGUUAGCCACUUUACGAAGCUGAUGCAGCAUUCCCGGUUCCGCCUGGCUCGGGGUUUUGCAUACGGGUGCAUAAGUGGCAUCUUGUCUGCUCACUCCCUGUUGGUGGCCAAGUCAGCCGUCGAACUGCUCGUCAAGACCAUCGUGGACGGCGAUAACCAGUUUGUCCACUGGCAAUCCUGGGUCAUUCUUCUGGCCCUCGUCACGCUCGCUCUCAGCCAACUCUACUACCUACACCGCGGCCUGAAACUGGUUUCGACCUCGGUUCUAUAUCCACUAAUAUUUUGCAUCUAUAACAUCAUCGCCAUUCUAGAUGGCCUAAUCUACUUUGAUCAGACCGAACUGAUUAGCCCGCUCCAGGCGUGCCUAAUCACCCUCGGCACCGUCAUCCUUCUAGCCGGCGUCCUGGCACUGUCAUGGCGUCUCCACGACGAACAACACACUCCCAGCGUCGGACAGUCGACACUCGCCCCAGGAAUGGGCCUGGUCGAAGACACCGAAGACGAAAACGACGAAGAAGCCCUUCUCUUACGCUCCGACAUUGAAGAUGAAGAGGAACGCAUCGGCGUUCCCUCCCCACGCUUGUACAGCUACAACACCUUCAGCGCCAGCCAAUCCCGGCUCGGCGACGGCACCUCUCAAGACGGCGGGCCCGUCGUGGUGAGGGUGCAACCAAAGCGCCAGCGUUCUCUAGCCGGCCAAUCGAUCCGCACCCUCCCUAAGAACCGAUGGACCGAAUGCGCCGAAAUUUGGGACGAGCUCGAAGACCGCGACACGCCACCCGACCACUCCUCCACGUCCUCCCCAGCCUUUCUCUCCAGCAGCAGGCGACGCUCCACUACUUUACCCGUCACGAAUCCAAACGAGGGUACUUCCCUCCUCCACCCUCGUCGAAGGGAAGUAAGCGAUAGCUACCAAUUUGCGCCCAGAGCAGCCACCGAUCUUGCCUCGGCCCGACGGAAUUUUGGGAGACGUAGGAGGUCCACCGGGUUCCCGGGUUUCAUUCCCCGCAAACCUUCAGCAACGACAGUACCACGGAAACCAUCAGGUGGCGGUGGUCUGCAGGAUCUAGUCAGCGGGUUUCUGAGAGCAAGGUGGUGGAAAAAUAAACCCAAGACUACUCUUGGUGUGCCGGGGCUUAGGGAGGAAGCACUAGUUGCGAUACAUGAGGAGGAAGGGGAGGGUCUGUUAAGGGAUUAUCAUGGCCAGGGUCAAAGUCAGGGACAGGCGCAAGGUUCGGGAUCAGGGUCAGGGACACAGAGUGAGAGAGUGUCUCCAAGGAAUGGGAACGCAAGGCCAGGGCCAGAAGCGUCCUCACUAGAUGGCGCCCAAGGGCAUGAGCGAUCAACAACAACAGGAGGCACAAGGAAUAAUGGGAGGCGCAAGGUUGAUGACGCACCGGUAUAGUAGACCGUGUGCCUUGCUUGGGUUGGCGCUUGGGGUUUGGCUUUAUAUCAUUCUUCUAUUAGGUAGCAAUGGAGGCUCCGGGGGGAUGCAUAUCAAUAAAUAUACCAGCAUUAGAGCGUGUUUUGUUACAAGUGUUGUACCUGCUGUACCUCCUGGAGUAUGCGAUUAUCCCUUCUCCGUGCCGUUUUCGCGCUGACAUUCGAUCGUUAGCAUCCAGGCAGUAGAACCACCCGUGAAAUCUUAACACUCAAAAGAACCUUAUCAACACACGAAGAAC